UGUGGUUAAUAUGAAUAGUCGAUAGAGAAAAGCUGUUAACGGUCACGAAUGACCGUUUGUGGGAGGGUAUCAAGCUAGGGAGGAGGGGAAAGGAUCUGGACUAUGGCUUGGCGUCACACGAUUUCUGACUGAAGGUUAUUUCCAGAAAUAUUUCUCUCGUUCCUCCUCCAAGAUCCUGUCCGGAUUUUCUUUGUAUCGAUGUUAUUUUAAUUCCCAGUUGAUUAGCAGCUGGGAGUGGGUUUGGCCUUCGGUAGGCGGGUGUGUGUGUUGGAGGUCGUGAAGGAACGAGAACUAAAUUUUUGUUUGUGACGCGGGUGAAGUGUUUAUUUGCCCCUCGAGAAAAUGUUGUGCUCGAAAGUCCGUCCGCUUUCCAGGGUCGUUGCAGUGGUCACCUCUGGAGUCGGGAGAUAUUCUGUGGCUGCAGCACUUCCAGCUCCAAACACCCAGCCAGAUGUUUACCAUGAUAAGAUCUUUAUCAACAAUGAAUGGCAUGAUGCUGUCAGUAAGAAAACGUUCCCAACCAUCAACCCUUCCACAGGGGAAAUCAUCUGCCAGGUUGCCAGGGGAGAUGAGGAUGAUGUGAAUAAAGCAGUGAAAGCAGCAAAAGAAGCAUUUAGGUUUGGAUCUCCAUGGCGAUUAAUGGAUGCAUCACAAAGAGGGGUCCUUAUAAACCGUUUAGCUGAUCUCAUUGAGCGUGAUCGAGCAUAUUUGGCAUCAUUGGAGACGUUGGACAAUGGAAAACCAUACCACAUAGCCUACACGGCAGACCUAAAUUUGGUUAUCAAAUGUCUCAGGUACUAUGCAGGCUGGGCUGAUAAAUAUCAUGGUAAAACCAUCCCUAUAGAUGGAAACUACUUCUGUUAUACACGCCAUGAGCCAGUUGGGGUGUGUGGGCAAAUCAUCCCGUGGAAUUUCCCACUGUUGAUGCAGGCCUGGAAGCUUGGACCCGCACUAGCAACUGGAAAUGUGGUGGUGAUGAAAGUGGCAGAGCAGACCCCAUUAACAGCGCUGUAUGUAGCAAAUUUAAUCCAGGAGGUAGGGCUAAUUUUUUUUUUUUUUUUUUUUUGUUAA